GCCUGGAGACCCCGCCCGGGCUCGCCCUCCCGCGGGGCCUGGGCGUCGUGGCGCGGCGCCGGCCCUGCUCCGCCUCCUCUGCCUCCGCCUCGCCAGCCCGCCAGCCCGCGCGCACCGGCUGGACGCGCCUUCGAGGCACCCGCACCCCCCCGAGCGCUGCUGCAGCUGCUGGAAGGCGCGGCCGCCGCGCUCCGCAGCCCAGCCGACGACGACGACGACGCCCGACCUCGGCUGGCCCCCGGCCGCUCUCCCCGCGCCCCAGCCCGCCUAGCAGAGAACACGCACCCCCGCCGCGGGGGGCGCCGCCGCCGCCAGCAUGGCCGAAUUCCCGGCCAAAGUGAGCACCCGCACCAGCACGCCCGCCGGGGCGCCCGCGGGGCGCGCCUCCGCCUUGGACCUCGAGUUCCUCCGGUCGCUCUUCGGCAUCUUGAUGGUGGUGGAAAUCGUGCUGGGUUGCUUGGUGUGGGCUCUCAUUGCUGACACUUACUACCAACCCUACCCGUCCUACGGCUGGGUGAUGUUCGUCGCGAUAUUUUUCUGGCUGGUGACUGUCAUACUUUUUGGGAUGUACCUUUUUCAACUUCAGAUGAAGCUCUACAUGAUCCCGUGGCCGAUUGUGCUAGUGGUAUUCAAUGUCGCAGCGACCGUCUUGUACGCAACGGCUUUCAUAACGAGCGCCGCGUCCGUCGAGCCGUACUCCUGGCCUCAUUCGCCAGACUACAACAGGAGGGCCUCGGCAUCGUUCUUUGCAUGCCUGGUGAUGAUCGGCUACGGGGUCAGCGCCUGCCUCAGCAUCCGAGCCUGGAGAGGAUACGGAAGCAAUGCAGCAACCAGCCAAGCGACGUUUUCUAAUCAUGCCUGAAAACUGUGGGCCAUUUUGAAUCAGUGUGGAUUGACUGUGGCGUGCAGUGGCUCUUGGGUGCUUAAGUUCUCUCCCCCGCCUCCACUUUCAGACCUAGUAGUGUCUGAAAGAUAUUCCUGGUCCUAGCUUCUAGCAUGGCCCAUGCCAAAUAUGCUGUUUUAAUGCCACCUGUAAGUGCCUAGCCCUACUUUGCACUAAUCAGCAUCCUCUGUAGAUUGGCUUCGGCGUGGCUGAGCCGUGGAGGCAGGACACCUUGCAAGAGAUGACCUAGUGCUGCUUUACAGACCCACGAUUCCUGGUUUGCACUGUGGGACACCACAGAUAUCGCACCACAGCAAGAAAUGCUGUAGUGUCUCAUACUUCCUUUAACACAAUGCUUUUCAAUGGAGGGUUGUUGUUUUGCAUGUUUCCAGAUGGGACUCAUCCCACUUAUCAUAAUCAAGUGAUGGAAAUGUACCCUGUCCUUAAUAUAGGGGUUCUUAGCCGUUUUGGGUCAGUGGGUGCAUUUGGAAUUUUGAAAAUGUGUUUUGGGUCCUCUCCCAAAGCGGCUUCCGUGGUGGUGGGGAGGCUUGCCCGUUCGUAAAAUGGCUGCCAGGGUGAGCAUAGCCAUUUGCAAAACACCCAUUUCCUAGAAGGCAAACUGAUGAGACUGAAAGAAACUUGCCCAAGGAUUUUGAGUACAAGGCAGCAAUGGGAGGUCUGAGCUCCGAAACGCAAAGGUGCUCUUCAGAACCCAAAUUAAGAUGAUGCUGGAAGGCAGCGCUUCAUUUUGCAGCUCGACAGCCUAUCAGUUUAAAAUAGUAAUACAAUAAAAAUUUAGAGCUCCGGCUAUUGGGCGGAAUAGAAAUGUAAUAAAUAAAUAAAUAAUAAAUAAAUAAAAAUCAGAAGGGCAGGGUCCCUGGUGGGGACAAAGAGAGAUUUCCAUGGGAUGCCACAUGAGGGACCCUAGCCUUCAUAUGAAUGGAUUACAUCUGGGUGUUCUAGCAUUGGCAGGAUGUAGCCACAUGUGCAAAUCAUGACUUUGUCACUCCACAAGCCUGUUCUACACAUGCGUUUACAUUUAAUGAAAAGCAUUCUGUUUUAAGAUGAUAUGUUCUCUUUGUGGUGUUCGAAACAGGAUGCUCCGCUCGCACAUGCAGUCACCGCGGGAUGAUCUUGCACGUGUGAACCUGCCCAGAGGGUGCCUGUUUCCAGGGACGGCCGAGCCUGCACAACUCACCAGGACUAACAUCAACUAAAAAGCAAACUCAGCAGCCUCCUGUUAUGCCAGCCACGUGCAACUGUUGUGUAAAUAAUGUAUAAUGAUUAACACAGUAUGUUUCAUAGUAGCAGGGAUGCUUCUGAUACAGGAACACAGCAAGUAUUUUGUUAUUUCUAAAAAAUGUUCUGUUUUAAAUUAAAAAAAAAUCUAAAUCUCUCUCCGA